GACCCCCCUUUCUCAACUUUCCUCAUCCUUCCGACCUCUUCCACUCGCACGUUUAAUCCGCUUCCCUUAUUUCCUGUAAUUCCAUCUGUGUCCCUUCCAUGGCCGCCAUCUCCAGCUUCUCCUCUCAUCCAAACGCUAACCCGAACCCCAAUUUCAUCUCCCCCAUGCUCCAGCCAUACCUCGAACAGCAGCAGGAACGGAUACAACCUGAACCGCCGCCGGAUGACGCAACCCCGCACGACCCCUUUUCCAACAAAGACAUCGGGGAUUCUUCCGCCACCACCGAUGACAACUCCAACACCAGUUCUACCAUCCCGAACCCAAGCGCAAACGCAAACGCAAACCCCAACCCCAACCCCAACCCAAACGCAAAUCCAGGCCCAAUUAAGCUCCUUCACGUCUCUUUCAAUCAGGACUACGGCUGCUUCGCUACGGGUACUGAUCGCGGAUUCCGAAUCUAUAACUGCGAUCCCUUUCGCGAGAUCUUCCGCCGUGAUUUUGACGGGAACGGUGGCGGAAUUGGCUCCGUCGAGAUGCUUUUUCGAUGCAACAUCCUUGCGUUAGUCGGCGGCGGGGAUUCGCCACAGUAUCCGUUGAAUAAGGUCAUGAUUUGGGACGAUCAUCAAAGUCGAUGCAUUGGGGAACUGUCCUUUAGGUCUGACGUGCGUGGGGUCCGGUUACGGAGGGAUCGAAUUGUUGUUGUACUCGAGCAGAAGAUUUUUGUGUACAAUUUCGCUGAUUUGAAGCUACUGCAUCAGAUUGAGACGAUUGCAAACCCUAAGGGACUCUGUGCGGUAUCGCAGGUUGCAGGGUCAUUUGUAUUGGUGUGUCCCGGGUUGCAGAAGGGGCAGGUUAGGGCGGAACAUUACGCCUCAAAGAGGACUAAAUUCAUCAUGGCCCAUGAUUCUAGAAUCGCUUGCUUUACACUCUCUCAGGAUGGGAAUCUUCUGGCAACUGCAAGCAGUAAAGGAACUCUAGUUCGGAUAUAUAACACCCACGAUGGUAGUUUGCUGCAGGAGGUACGAAGGGGCGCAGACAGGGCAGAAAUAUAUAGCCUGGCAUUCUCCCCCACCGCGCAGUGGCUGGCAGUCUCAAGUGAUAAGGGCACCGUUCAUGUUUUUAGCCUUAAAGCCAAUUCUGGAAAUGCUGGAAGUGAGAGAUCGACUAGUCCUCCUGGUCCAAAUCUUUCUGUUGCAACUUCGAGUUCCUCUCUCUCUUUCAUUAAAGGAGUGCUACCCAAGUAUUUCAGUUCCGAAUGGUCAGUAGCUCAGUUCCGUUUGCCUGAAGGAUCCCAGUAUAUUGUGGCUUUUGGUCACCAGAAGAAUACAGUGGUAAUUCUCGGCUUGGAUGGAAGUUUUUACCGCUGCAAGUUUGACCCAGCAACCGGCGGGGAGAUGACACAAUUGGAGUAUCACAAUUUUCUCAAGCCUGAAGAAGCUUUUUAGAUGGGCUGGAUAAUGUGCAUAUUUUUGCACCGUAUGCUCUGGUCAUCUUUUUCCCUACUAAUUUGUGGAUCCAUGAUCAUGUAAAUAUCGAGUGUAAAAUGUAAAUUUAACCAACAGUUUGAAGCUGGGUAACCUAUGAGGACCUUAAAUUGUGAAAAUGAAAAAAAAAAAAUGUCAGCUGUACAAAUUUUAUUUGUUUGGAGAUAAUCUUUCAUCCAGUUCUGUACUUGGUAUGGUCUUUAUGGUAGUGUGGUAUAUUUGUGGGGAAUCAA